AUGCGUGUAGGCUACUGUCGACAUGCGAACCGCGUACCAAGGUCAGCAAAGGUCCUAUCCGUUCUAAAGACUGACUCCAUAUUCUAACACAAAUAUGUGUAGGAUAGCCUACUGUAGGCUAUUUGUACAGAGGGACUUUAAAGUGAAAGCAAGUGGAAGGAAGCGCUGUCGCCAAUGUGUACCACAUACAGUGUAUUGCGGAAGAGAGGGUGUGAACGAUGGGACACAUUUCAACGCUCUAUAGAUCGCUAGGGACGAGGCGUGUUUAUGGAAUGAUGCGGGUGUGUUUCAGGGUGGAUUUAUAAAAGGGGUUGUCCGACAGAGAGUACUUGUCAGUUGUUGUAUUAUUAUUCUGUGUUUAAUGUAGUGAUUGAACGCUGUGACAGUAACAGUAUUUUCCACGGUUCCACCCGGGACAUCAAUCUAGUGCUCGCGGGCUCUCCAAAACAUUGGUCCAGGCAGACUUCCUAUUCCGGUUCUUGUGAUUUUCAGAGGAAGGACGAUCAUCCAGGGACAUUGCGCUCCAGUGAGGCUCCAGUGCGAGUCCCCCCCCCCCCCCCACCCGGCGUUCCCCCCAUACCUUAUUCCAGUGAUGGCUAUGAGUACCGACCCGGGCUGCAGAAGGGACGACUCUGACCCCGACUCAAUGACCCCUGACCCCAGUAACCUCACCGCCAUGAUGGCCGCAGUCACCAUGAAGACCACCGAGACAGACGUCUCACCGGCCAAUGGCGUGAGGAACGGGGCUCAGCAGGGCGGAGCUAAAAGGGGCCCUCCUUCGCGGGCACACCUCUCAGGGAGGAAGCUGUCGCUACAGGAACGAGGGACGUACCCGUCAGGGGGGACUCACGUCUCCCCCCGUGUAGCACGCAGACCCACCGUGGAGUCCAAGCAGGUCUCUAUCUCAGAUGCAGAGGACUGUAUCCAGCUGAACCAGUACAAGCUGAAGAGUGAGAUCGGCAAGGGCUCCUACGGGGUGGUCAAACUGGUCUACAAUGACAAUGAUGAUAAUCACUAUGCCAUGAAGGUGGUGUCCAAGAAGAAGCUGAUGAAGCAGUAUGGAUUUCCACGUCGCCCCCCUCCGAGAGGACCCAAGGCUGCGGUCCAGGGGGAGCAGCCCAAAGUCCUAGGCCCCCUGGAGAGGGUGUACCAGGAGAUUGCCAUCCUCAAGAAGCUGGACCAUCUCAACAUAGUCAAACUGGUGGAGGUGUUGGAUGAUCCUGCGGAGGACAACCUUCACAUGGUGUUUGAUUUGAUGCCAAAGGGUCCAGUGAUGGAGGUCCCCACAGACAGCCCCUUCACUGAGGAGCAGACACGUCUGUACUUCAGAGACAUCGUCUUGGGCAUGGAGUACUUGCACUACCAGAAGAUAGUCCACCGGGACAUCAAGCCUUCUAACCUGCUGCUGGGUGACGACAGUCAUGUGAAGAUUGCCGACUUUGGGGUCAGUAACCAGUUUGAGGGCAACGAUGCCCUGCUAUCCUCCACAGCUGGGACUCCUGCCUUCAUGGCUCCAGAGACCCUGUCAGACAUCCGCCAGAGCUUCAGUGGCAAGGCAUUGGACGUGUGGGCCAUGGGAGUAACUCUCUACUGCUUUGUGUUUGGGAAGUGUCCGUUCAUCGAUGAGUACAUCCUGGUUCUACACAAUAAGAUCAGGACUAAAUGUGUGGAGUUCCCAGAGUCGCCAGAGAUUAGUGAAGAGCUGAAGACUCUGAUCCAGAGAAUGUUGGACAAGAACCCAGAUACCAGGAUCACCAUACCUGAGAUCAAGUUGGACCCGUGGGUGACCCAGGAUGGUUGUGACCCCUUACCUCUAGAGGAGGAACACUGUACCGCGGUGGAGGUCACUGAAGAGGAGGUGCAGAACUCUGUCAAGUUUGUCCCCAGCCUUUCUGCCGUGAUCCUGGUGAAGGCCAUGCUGCGGAAGAGGUCGUUCGGUAACCCCUUUGAGUGUCCCAGAAGUAGAGAGGAGAGGUCCAUGUCUGCACCUGGCAACCUGUUAAUGGAUGUGUGGCCGUUCCGCCACUCUUUAAAACUCCACCCCUCUCUAAGGAAGGGCAGCAGUGGAGAGGGCAGUAGGGAGGGAGAACUAGAAGACCUGGAUGAAGAUGAACCGUCUUCUCCAGUCAGCACAGCCCAGCUUAGCUCCACACAGGCCUCUGAGCCACCUCCUCCCCUUUAAGAACUAUAUGCCCUUUCCCUUUAAACCCCCAUCUGUACAUUGCCUCUCUCCCUUUAAAUCUAUAAUGCACUCCACUCUUAUAUUCCUGUCCCUCCUCUUCAUCCUUCCCUGUUCUCACCUCACUCCGUCAUCGUGUGUAAUUACCCAAAGAAACACAGAGAACUGUGACAGCACUGGAGACAACACACUGGACCCCCGGCGGUUAGGUUGUUCACUGGUAAACUCAAGACUACUGGAAUCUCUACUGUCUGUCGCCAUGAUGUCACUGUGAAGAAGAGGACGUUUUGUUUUGUUAUGUUUCGAUGUCACAAUGCAUGAUGAACAUCAUCACCGUUCAGAGACUCUCUCGAGGCAUCCUUCACAGUCAUGGACAAUAGGUGUCCUAACAGCCUCUCAAGGCAUCCUUCACAGUCAUGGACAAUAGGUGUCCUAACAGCCUCUUGAGGCAUCCUUCACAGUCAUGGACAAUAGGUGUCCUAACAGCCUCUUGAGGCAUCCUUCACAGUCAUGGACAAUAGGUGUCCUAACAGCUUCUUGAGGCAUCCUUCACAGUCAUGGACAAUAGGUGUCCUAACAGCUUCUUGAGGCAUCCUUCACAGUCAUGGACAAUAGGUGUCCUAACAGCUUCUUGAGGCAUCCUUCACAGUCAUGGACAAUAGGUGUCCUAACAGCCUCUUGAGGCAUCCUUCACAGUCAUGGACAAUAGGUGUCCUAAGAGUCUGCAUGACCAAAAGACUGGCGCAUGCAGCUGUUAUUAUGAUGCCUCCUACAGUUUAAAACCAGACAUACACACAGGGCUUUUAACCACCUAUCACAGUCAGUAGUUUAAAUCUGCAGUGUUGUACAUAGAUCAGAAAUGUGUCGGUCGGUAUCAUGUCAAUGUUGUUGUCUAGCUAGUUCACCUAUACAUGCUAAGCUGUCAACAUAAACCUUCCACACACAGUGCCGUCA